AUGGAAGGAGUACAGGGAGCGCAGGAGCUCCCGAAUGGUAGAGAGGCAAGGUCCUGUACUGACUGCCGCCCCGUAGCCUCUUUGGUAGGAGCUAGUGAAGCGACUGAAUGCAAUGGCGCUACCCAACAAAGCCACCAUUUGCCGGAGAAAGGAGUUUCCACCUGUGGUGCUGCCUUGCAAUUCACUGGCCACCCUGUUGCUCCUGCAGCUGAGCAACCAGGAGACCUUUCCCCGCAGUCGGUCAUGCAGAAGAAAGAGCCGCGGACGAUGGAUAGUCGCUCUCUUGGUGAAGUCGAGAAGUCAGUUCUUCUCUCGGGCCGUAGCGAUGGGUUGCAGGCUUGCCCCCCACCUUCGCCGCCGACAUUUGCUGCUGCACCAUCAAACCUGCAAGGCUCCCGAGAAACUUCACGCGUUUCAGACUCAGAGCCACAGUGUGAUCAAAACCAGCAGCAACAACAAGGGCUGCAGGAGCCUGUGCAGACCAGCGGGGGGAGCGGUGUUGGCGACGCACAAGAGCAACAGGUUAUUGAAAAUUUACCUACGAAGUCGCUCCCGACCUUCACCAAGGAGGAACUUCUCCAUGAAGACGCCAAUGACUUCAAUCUGGAGAGUAGCGUACUGGAGGAGAAAGCCCUGCAAAGAGUGGGAAAUGCCAAAAAGGGUAAUUUCAUUCCAAGCCUUGCAGACGCUCUACACGAAGAAGUCAAGCAUUCUGAAACGGUUGCGGUUUCAGCUGAAGACAAAAAGCUGCACCGAUCGGAGAUGCCUCCAGAGGUACGCCGCCCUGAGGCCCCGCGUAAGAGGGCUAGAACAUCCGUGAGACAGAGAUUUGCUUUUGCGCCAACGUGUGUCUCGCCAAGAAAAUCGAAGUCCCGGAAGUCCCCUCAGCGGCACCUUGAGUUCCUCAUCACCAAAAGUACCCCAGAGAACAAUGUUAUAGGCUGCUCAGUUCCUUCUUGUGCCGCUUCUUGUAGUCAAGAAGACGUACUGGAAGUUCCUCCCCCUGAAGUCUUUAAAAUCAAGCCGCAAGCUGAAGUGGAAUGCCGAGAGGUUCCCACGAAAAUGCCUGAAGUUCAGACGGCCACGAUGCAUGACCAUGCGAAGGAGCCACUGACCAAUCAUGACGUAUUUCCCGUGCUACUAACAGCUAGUUCCGGUUUCGUGCUUGAUAAAAAUAUCUGUAGAGAAAAUAGCAGUAGCAAAGAUAAGUCCAGUGAAAAAUCCAAAAUCAAGUCAGUAGCGGGAAGGAAUACUGUCAUCGAUAUAGUAGAGUUGGAGGGUGACCAUAGGCCGUGCUUUCCUGCCCGUGAUGAAGAAACAUCUGUUCUUGAGAAUCGCAGUGACGCAUACUCCAUACCUGGUAACCUCAGCAUACAGCUGCCUCAGAUACCGAGCCUUAGCAUCACGAACAAGCAGCUGUUUUUUGCCGACGGGCCACAAAACGUGGGUUUGGAGCAAGACGCUCAUAUAGGAAGACAGCUUGGAAGCGCUUCCCACCAACUGGACGGUGGUGAUCAGGAGGACAGUGGACCAACGGACACAAGCGCAAUACUGUCGAAGGACGACAAUAGCCAAAAAAAAUCGGAAGAUGGUAGCUGCUCUUCACGCGGGCAACAACAUGGCCAGCAGCUCAACAGUGGAAAAUAUAUUGGCGAGCCUCGGACCUUCGUAGGGUCUGCGAUAGAUAGUGAUGGACUGCCUGAGCUCGGAGAGAGCCCCCUAGUUCUCUCCCAACCGGAGAGGAUUUUGGAGGAUUGUACACUCAUAGGAAAGCUAACUGUAGAAGAGACCGCACAUUAUAGGGCUAGAGACGCUGAUGACCACAGCGUUUUGUCCACAGAUGACGGGCGUCGACAUUUGGUACCGCAGGGAAUUGCCUUUGGCCUCUCUGGCGGCAAGAAACUAUACUGGCGAAGUACUUCCUGUGUAGAUCCGAAGAUCCACAGCGUCGAACGGCUACCACUCCGCAAAUGCGCACUGCAAAAAGCAUCGAAGCAUAUUUCCAGAACGCUUUCAUGCGUUUUGGGACAUGCAAACAUUGCUGCUCCGCCAUCAGUAGCAUCGCGAGAAGUGGCAGCCACCGAAACUGUGCUGUCAGACCUUGCAGAGGUGGCUUACCCCAAGUCAGAAGCCACACUGCGUGCAUCAGUGGCAGUGGAAGCGAACGAUGCACAAAGCAGUGCAGUGGCUUCAUCAGGGGAACAAUCACAUCAUCUUGGGCUGGCGCUAGCGGACGAAGCUGGCAGGCAUGUAGGUGACACUACUGCCUUCCGCGAAUCCGUGCGAAAUGAUGCAGUCGCUGACGUUACUGGCAAAACCGAAGCCCUAUCAACUGAUGUUUCUCCGCAGCUUCCACGCCUAUGUCAGGAAGCAUGCUUGAAGGAAGAUAUCUGUGGAGGCACUGCGCGUGGCCAUGCCGUACGCAGCAGUGGUAGACGCAGCUUCGGCAACCAUAGUAGAUCGUUCUCGCUCAACAGAGCACCAGGCCUUUCCCACCCUGUGCUUAGUCCGGAGGAUGAUUUGUCGCGCUCGAUGCAAGUUGAUUGGCCUUUGACAAGUCGUUCGUUUUCAGCCAUAGUUCCAUUUGUCUCUCCAAGGCAUGCUGCGAGGUCUCAAAACGCUUUGCUAGGUCUGCGAGCAGCCUCAAGCACCCGCAUACCCAGAGGGAGGUGGCACGGUGGGGCUAUAACUCUUGUCAAAAAUUCUGAUGCUGAGGAAAGUGGUGUGGAAGCUUUUAAGACUAGAGAGGGACACGGUAAGCGAGUCAGUGAUGCCGAAGAGGGGAUGUCAUGCAGCAUUGCCAAAGAGGCUAUGCAGCAGUGUGCACUACAGCAGGCAGGGGCUUUUGGAAUCGGGCCUUCUGAUCUUGUGCCACAUCGCGUAACAACCAACAACGAGGCAUCUCAUAAUUACAUAGCAGAACUGACCACACAAACAGCAGGUGCCUCUGAACGUUUCCAUUUGUGCAACGGAAGCUUUCGAACUCUGCAGCAGAUCGUGCACUUGCACUUCCCUGCAAAGCAGCAGAAUAGCGCCACCUACAUAACAUCCCCUGUGCGCUGCCCAGCUGUCGGAGCAGAGAGCAACGUGUUCAUGGAAUGCUCGCCUGAAGAGCAGAAUCCUGCUCACACCAUCCAGGUUCAGGAAGACAUUGGUAUUCCCAAACUGCAGCAUAAUCAAGAAUGCUUUACGGGACAGAUUACAAAGGCAGUGCAAGCACGCGGAGUUGCUGCAGCAGCAGCUUACUGUGCAGCAAGAGCAACUCCAAAUGACAAUGCAGCUUCAGCAGGCACAACUAGAUCAACAGCGGAGUCAGACAGCCUUGUGGAGAAGCUGUAUCAGCAGUGCGAACGCGCUGAGAAGAUCAAAUUUGGGACGGAGCUUGAAAGUAGGUUGCAUACAACGCCGAGGAAGAAGUUUAGGUCGCAGUAG